GACAUUCUAAUACAAGCUUCAAGCUUUCAAACUGCCAAGUCUCAUACAGAGUUAGUUCUGGCAUUUCUAAGGUCGCAUGGAUGGAAAGUGAACGAAAAGAAGAGUUCUCUUUUUCCUCUCACAAGAGUUCCAUUCUUGGGGACUCUUAUAGAUUCUGUAGAAAUGAAGAUUUACCUGACAGAAGACAGGUUAACAAAGCUUCAAAAUGCAUGCCGUGUCCUUCAUUCCAUUCAACACCCGUCAGUAGCUCAAUGCAUGGAGGUGAUCGGCUUAAUGGUAGCGGCAAUGGACAUAGUACCUUUUGCACGCCUACACCUCAGACCGCUGCAAUUGUGCAUGCUGAGUCAGUGGAAUGGGGAUUACUCAGAUUUGUCCCCUACUCUGAAUCUGAAUCAAGAGACCAGAAAUUCUCUUCUAUGGUGGCUUUAUCGGCCACACCUGUCCAGGGGGAUGCCAUUCAGCAGGCCAGACUGGACAAUUGUAACAACAGACGCCAGCCUACUAGGUUGGGGCGCUGUCUGGAAUUCUCUGAAGGCUCAGGGACUAUGGAAUCAGGAGGAGAGUCUCCUUCCAAUAAACAUUCUGGAAUUGAGAGCAGUUCUCAAUGCCCUUCUGGCUUGGCCCCAGUUAACAACUCGGGGGUUCAUCAGGUUUCAGUCGGACAACAUCACGACUGUAGCUUACAUCAACCAUCAGGGAGGGACAAGAAGCUCCCUAGCAAUGAUGGAAGUAUCAAGGAUAAUUCGCUGGGCAGAGUCUCACUCUUGCCACCUGUCAGCAAUCCACAUCCCGGGAGUGGAGAACUGGGAGGCGGAUUUCUUGAGUCGCCAGACUUUUCAUCCGGGGGAGUGGGAACUUCAUCCGGAGGUCUUUGCCCAAAUACUUCGACGUUGGGGCAAACCAGAGAUAGAUCUCAUGGCGUCUCGCCAGAACGCCAAACUUCCUCGCUACGGGUCCAGAUCCAGGGAUCCGGGAGCGGUUCUGAUAGAUGCUUUGACAGCACCUUGGAACUUCGGGAUGGCUUAUGUGUUUCCACCCUUCCCGCUGCUUCCUCGAUUGAUUGCCAAAAUCAAACAGGAGAGAGCAUCAGUAAUUCUAAUAGCGCCUGCAUGGCCACGCAGGACUUGGUAUGCAGAUCUAGUGGACAUGUCAUCCUGUCCGCCUUGGUCUCUACCUCUAAGACAGGACCUUCUGAUACAGGGUCCAUUCAAACAUCAAAAUUUAACUUCUCUGAAGCUGACUGCUUGGAAAUUGAACGCUUGAUUUUAUCAAAACGUGGUUUUUCUGAGUCGGUUAUUGAUACCCUGAUACAGGCUAGGAAGCCUGUUACCAGAAGGAUUUACCAUAAAAUAUGGCGGAAAUACCUAUACUGGUGCGAAUCCAAAGGUUACUCCUGGAGUAAGGUUAGGAUCGCUAGAAUAUUGUCUUUUCUACAAGAAGGUUUAGAAAAGGGUUUAUCAGCUAGUUCAUUAAAGGGACAGAUUUCAGCUCUGUCCAUCUUGUUACACAGGCGUCUGUCAGAAAAUCCAGACGUCCAGGCCUUUUGUCAGGCUUUAGCUAGGAUCAAGCCUGUGUUUAAAGCUGUUGCUCCGCCAUGGAGUUUAAACUUAGUUCUUAACGUUUUACAGGGUGUUCCGUUUGAACCUCUUCAUUCCAUUGAUAUAAAAUUGUUAUCUUGGAAAGUUCUGUUUUUAAUGGCUAUUUCCUCGGCUCGAAGAGUCUCUGAGUUAUCAGCCUUACAUUGUGAUUCCCCUUAUCUGAUUUUUCACUCAGACAAGGUAGUCACUAACAGGAACAUCAAUCAAGAGAUUGUUGUUCCAUCCUUGUGUCCAAAUCCUUCUUCAAAGAAGGAACGUCUUCUACACAAUCUGGAUGUAGUUCGUGCCCUCAAGUUCUACUUGCAGGCAACUAAAGAUUUUCGCCAAACUUCUUCCCUGUUUGUCGUUUAUUCUGGACAGAGGAGAGGUCAAAAAGCUUCUGCUACCUCUCUCUCUUUUUGGCUUCGUAGCAUAAUACGUUUAGCCUAUGAGACUGCUGGACAGCAGCCUCCUGAAAGAAUUACAGCUCACUCCACUAGAGCUGUGGCUUCCACUUGGGCCUUUAAGAAUGAGGCCUCUGUUGAACAGAUUUGCAAGGCUGCAACUUGGUCUUCGCUUCAUACUUUUUCCAAAUUUUACAAAUUUGACACUUUUGCUUCUUCGGAGGCUAUUUUUGGGAGAAAGGUUCUUCAGGCAGUGGUUCCUUCUGUAUAUUGAGCCUGCCUAUCCCUCCCGUCAUCCGUGUACUUUUGCUUUGGUAUUGGUAUCCCAGAAGUAAUGAUGACCCGUGGACUGAUCACACAUAACAGAAGAAAACAUAAUUUAUGCUUACCUGAUAAAUUCCUUUCUUCUGUUGUGUGAUCAGUCCACGGCCCGCCCUGUUUUAAGGCAGGUAAAUAUCUUUUAAAUUAUACUCCAGUCACCACUUCACCCUUGGUUACUCCUUUCUCGUUGAUUCUUGGUCGAAUGACUGGGACUGACGUAGGGGGGAGGAGCUAUAUGCAGCUCUGCUGGGUGAAUCCUCUUGCAUUUCCUGUUGGGGAGGAGUUAUAUCCCAGAAGUAAUGAUGACCCGUGGACUGAUCACACAACAGAAGAAAGGAAUUUAUCAGGUAAGCAUAAAUUAUGUUUUAAUCACUUUACAGCCCUUUAAUGCAGGUUAAAGCAUCAAGCUUCUCAUCACCUUCUUUACUCUCAAGAACAUAAUUGGCAAAGGAAGAAUAACUUUACAGCAAAUACCAAAAUAAUCAAGCAAGGGUUAAAUUAUUAACCCUUAAACAUCUGUAUAGCAGGACACCACAAAACACUUAAUUUUAUAUAAAUGUUACACAGCCUGAAAUUACACAGUGAUAUUACCUCAACAUGUUUAAACUGCUAACUGGUGUCUUGGGGCUGCUGAGAACAAUAUAUGCAGAUAGGUUGAGGACUUGCUAAGACAUUAUUGAAAAUUUCACAAGUGGGUGGCAUUUUAUGAGGUCAUGGUUAUAUUUUUGCUUCUGCAGUGAUUGCUGACAAUAUGUUAAUAGACCCAGAAACCCAAAAACUAGAUUUUUGGUAUGUUCUGUGAAUUCCAGUCCCAACACAUGAAAAGCCUGAUGUGUUAAGCCCCUGCUAAGCAAAGCCUCAGUAUAUACAUGGGGGAAAUAAAACAUGUUCAAAAUUGUGCAACACUAUUAAGCUGCCUGCCUGGCUUCAUCACCCCUUGCCCCCUACACUCCCAGGUAUUAUAUAUCACAUAUCCUGACUUUCUCUUACCUGACCUCACACUGCUAAACUUCAGGGUAACUGAAGACCACAGAUCAAGAAAACUGCAGGGAAAAAAACAUACUGUAAGCAAUGAUACUAAUGCCACAGCGACCUCUGUGGUGGGAGUUCUGCACUGCACACAAUAUUCAGAAACUAUAUACAGGUGGCCCUCGGUUUACGCCGAUUCAAUUUGUACCGUUUCAGAAUAACAACCUUUUUUUCAAUCAUGUGACUGCUAUUGAAAAGCUUUGGAAAUCAAUGCACUAAUUAAAAUAGAAAAUAGGUGGAGCUGUCCGCUUGUUUUGCAGCAAAGUUAUGCAACUUAACAGCCUUAAAUUGAUCUGUGUACACAGAUCAGACCAGAUCUAUCGAGCAAAAUUUAGCAGGAACUUCCCUAUUAUCUUCCUGUCCAGCAGCUUGAGGUGAGGGUGCCUAACUGCUUAUUAAUCACUGCAGAUUGAAAUGCAUAGAAUAGGUGCAGACCCAAUAUUAUCUAACAUGCUAACAAUGCAGAGAACUGAUUGCAGAAAAAUGUUUUUGUUCAUUAAACUUAGUUUGAUGAUGAUGAUGCAGUCUGUUGUGUAAUUAUUUUAUUAGGUGAUGUUUAGCAAGUGUUUUUGUUCAUUAAACUUAGUUUGAUGAUGAUACAAUCUAUAUUAUUAGGUUUAUAAUGCUGUUUAGCAUUUAAAAUCUUCAUUUCAAAGCUUUAAAAAUAAUGUAUUAGGUGUUACUUAUGACAAUUUUGAGAGGGGCCUGGAACCUAACUCCCUCACUUCCCAUUGACUUACACUAUAAACUGGGUUUCAAAUUAUAACGGUUUCGAUUUACAACCAUUCCUCCUGGAACCUAACCCCGGCGUAAACUGAGGGCUACCUACAAACAAUUGAUCAAAAAAGAGACUGUCUCAGGAAAACGGCAACUAUAAAUUACAGAGAACAUAUUUAAGUAUCAUGCCCCUUUAAGUCAUCUAAUAGCAAUUUCAACUUAUCUUUAUAUUAAAGGGACAUUAGAAUCAAGUAUGUAUGUACAUAAGCAUGCAUAUGCCUUAAUCUUACCAGACUGUCUACAUAGCAGAAAAAUAUAUAUCUUACCUGGCAGUACUUCUCCACAAACCUCAGAGAUGCAUUUUUAUUUUUUUUUAAAGUUUAUUUUAACACAAAUUUUGCCUCAUCCUCCAAAUACCGUGAGCUCAGUUGACAAAAAUACUCAUAAAAUGCGGAUAGAGCAUAUUUACCUUAGAUAGUAUGGACUAAGGAAGCUCACUGAGGAAAACAUUUUUGUUCACAUACUUAAAAGGACAGUAAACACCUUGAGGUUUUUAUAUUAAAUAUUUAGCUAUGUAUAAUGAAAAAAACUUUGCAGUAUACUUUCAUUAUUUAUUUUGUCCCCUUUUCAUUUAAUUUCUCUCUGAAAAUUGUGACAUUUCUAAAUCUCAGAACUUAAAACGCACCUUGCUGCCUUCUGAAGGCUGACCAUGCUAUUUAUUUGUCCCUAAUCAGUUUUAGUUGAUAACUACAACGCAAUGUACUUUAUACUAACUUUAUGACUGUGGCUAUCCUUGUCUGCAAACUAUAGCCGAGAUUGGCUCCUCCAAAUAAGGCAAAUGGUGGGUGGAGUUUUGCAAUUGAUAAACCAUUGCAGUAAAAGGAUGUUACGUUGUUUAAACAACAUUUAAGACUUGUUUGAUAUAUUAUUCUGGACACCCUUUAAAUAUUCUGUUAGCAUGGGGUUUGCCUGUAGUUAUUUGAAGAUGUUGAAAAAUUAGUAAGAAUCUAUAAGAAAUCAUAACAUUGUUUUCAGGGAAAAUGAAGUGAUUCCUUUUAAGUUUCUGUUUAAAGUAUACCAUGCAAAUUGCGUUUUGCAAAAGCAAAAAGUAAAGAUUUAAACAUUUUAUAAACAUGGUGCAUGAGCAUUUAUAGUCAAAUUUAGAACACUUUUGCAUCACAGUAUGAAUGCUGUGCCACCACGCUUAUUGCUUCUGAGUUCUGUCCAUUCUGCAGAGUAAAGCAGCCCAGUCUGGGGAAAUUAGGAGAAUGCAUGCACAGACAUAUUUGUUCUGCAGCAUUAAAAGUAAGAGCUUUUGGCUUUAUUUCUUUAAUUAGAACUUAAAAACAUUAUAGAGUUUACAUAAGACUAAAGCUAGGAAGCUGAAUACAUUUAAGAUAACACAUUUUUUUAAUUUUUUCAAUUGUAUGGUCAAGGAAUAUUAUCAGCUCAAUUUUACGCACACAUUUUACUCUACAAUCUAUGAAUGUAUUCUGUAUUUACAUACAUAAUGGUAAUUAUGUUGCCUUAUCAGUGCUCUCUGCGAACCUGGAGAGCUUUCAGAUUUUUUGUUUUUAUACCAAGAUCUAUAUUAAAUAACUAUCAAGUAGUUUAAAUAGUGUAGACCAGCUGUGUACCCUCAGGGGCGUAACCACUGUCACUCCCUUCUCAUCAUCUGAGGCAGGAGGGAACGUACCUCCGAACCAACAUAAGGAGCGUUUGUUCUAACCACACGUAAUAGAUUUUAAUUCUAUAACACGCCAAUGCGCACUGCCUAUUAACAUUCUGUUGUCUUUCGCACACAACAAACAUAGGUUUACAGACAGUGCACAAUCAGUGGAGAUGUUUUGUUCUUGUUGAUUCAUAUGUUUUAUUUUAUCGCAAACUUUAUUGUGAAUGGCUGUGAACUUCAUUCAUGAUCUGCUUAAUUUUACUUCUUGAUAAUCACAUAUUCAUUCCAUGCUAUUUAACAUUUGAGUUUAUUACAUACAGUAAAUACAGAUUUGUGGUAUAACUGUUUAGUACAGGCAAAUUUAAAGAACAUCAUUUAUUUUUUUUAUUUAUUUUUUUGCAAUGUUUAUAUAUGUACUCAUCCUAUUAACAUAUUUCCCUUUACUUUUUAUUCGCAGUGAUGUCAUUGCAUGAUCGCAGCUUGGUUUUUGCAAUCAGGGACUGCUCGUUGCAUGAUUUAUUUGUUUGGACCUGCAGACUAACCAACAUUAGUGGCAGUGACUUAACAUGAACAAAAAAAAAUAUGCUUGAAUAUAUUUUGGCUUCAUUUUCUCAUUUCUAACAAAGCUCCUCAUUGUCCUAGCAACAGGUAUUGUCUGUUUUUAUCAUGAAUUUUAAUAACUUAACACAAAUCUUAAUCUUUAGAAAGUAUUGCUCGCACUACAUGACUUUAAAACAAAAACAAAUGCCCAUUAGCUGGAAUGUGUGAAUUAAGCUUCAUGGGACACUGGCUAAUGACAUUGCAAAUAUAGUGCCCUAGGCAAAAUAUAUUAAAUCCUUUUUUAAUUAAAUGUUUCUGUACUUUACAGUUACGGGAACAUAAAUGCCUAUGCUCAUGUGUGAGCAUGCAAUCAUUUUGCAAGUGAAUAGAUCCUAAAAGCAACUUUGCUGUAAGGAAGACGUUGCCUCAGAGGAGAUAUGGUUUUAUAUAUAUAUUGGGCAUGGGCAUUUGGAUUAUUCACAUUUGGCUCUUUUUGGAGCUGCAUUUAUUCUUGUUAAAGUGAAAUUCACUAGCAUCUGUGCAAAUCCAGAUAUUAGUUUGUUUCGCUUUCACAAGAAUUUGGCUCCGGAUCAUAACAAAUGAUCCAAAUGCCCAUGCCUAGUAUAUAUAAUGUACAUGUAUGUGUAUAUAUAUAUAUAUAAUAUAUAUAUUUUAUAUCAGAAAUUAUGUACUGAAAGAACUAUAAACAAAAUAAAUGUUGUAAAAACAUUUAAUGCUGUCACUUUAUUUAAUUUGUUAAAUUACUUAAAAAACUUUGAGUCUUUCUCCAUUGUUUAUGGCCAAAUAUGGUUAAUUGUAAAUGAGGUUUUUUUUUUCUACUGCUCUAAGCAGUCACUGUCUAAUAUGUAGCUGGUCAAGGCAAUCUGCACCAUUUUUAAGGAAACAGAUUGCCUUAGUGGCCUCUUAAGGAGUAUAGGAUGAAAAGCAUAGUUUUAAACACAAAAGCAUUAAAUUAAAAACAUUUUUACAGCAAAAGCAAACAAAAUCAGUAAGGAAUGUAUAUUGCAAAGUUUUCCCUGCUAUUAUGAAUUAAUACUAAUCUAUUAGAAUUUCAAAUGGCUUCAUGUCCCUUUAAGCACACUGACAUAUUGUGCAAAGUCGCUUGCUCUGCCUAUAAAGCCCAGAUUACUGCUUCCUUUCAGCAAAGAGCAUUCCUCCUGUGCUAUAUGACCAUCUACAGUUUUUGCAUUUAAUUUGCCUGACAAAGACAAUUUAUGCAGAACUGUAAUACAUUAUGCACUGUUUUAUAUAUCGGACUUUGUUAAAACAUAGACAUAACAUUUCAUCUGCCAGUGAUUAAAUCAAUUAUCUCAACACUGGAGUCUUGUGUUAUCGAAAACAAAGAAAAGAAAAAAAGAAAAGUUAAUUAUAAAUUUGCAUUGCACUACCAAAUAUUAGUCAGUGGGCUAGAUUCACUAGUCGUCUCUUAAGUCUCACCAGUUUCUAUGUUUUUACAUGAAGCCCAUCCAGUAAAGCAUGGCAAGAUAAGUGACUGAGUGAAAUGGGACAGAAUAAUAUUGGAAAUGGAAAAAGCUUAUCUAGCCCAUUCAGUGUUACAGCCAUGUCUCUCGAGCAGAUUAAAUACAGUCUUUUGAAAUAGUGCAUAUUAUUCUAUAUGACACACACACAAACAUAUAUGUAUAUAUAUAAAGCUCAGUAAAUAUAUAUUUUAAGGGAAUGAUAAGCUUAUUUCAUGCUGUCAGCCCCCACGUGUAAAACAUUAUUGGUGGCUUUUCAUGGAUGAUGUUGGCAGUAUAGCCAAAGUGAAGCCGUACUGCCCUCUUCUUAGCUUUUAAUAGUAGCACGUUCCUAUGCUUCAAUAAGGGUAUUCCCUCAUGACAGCCUAAAGGUGCAGGAGCACAUUACUAUUGAAAGCUAUAGAAUGGGCGUCACAGCUUUGUGUUGGUUGUACAUUGUCAUAGAAGAUAAACAAAAUGUGUACAUGAUACAGCCGUGAUCUUGGAAUAAGAUUAUUACCUUUAAAAAUAUUUAGUAAGCACAUUUAAAAAAUAAAAUCCUAUAUUAUGUGUUCCGUUCUAGAAUAAAAUGCACUGUUACAAAGAUUGUGUUUAUUACCACUUUAAAGUAGAAUCUGUGUUUAACCACUAUACAUAUAUAAACAACCAGAAGUAAUACAGACAAUAGGAGUUCUUAAAAAUUCCCUGCCACGGUGACUUGCGCAUAUGACAUUUUUUAAGAUAUUGUUUACAUGCUUUGCUUUUCUUUUUUUUGCUUUAUUGGUCUAUAAUUUAUAUAAUAUUCAUUUAUUUUGAAUAUGUUAUUUCAUUUUGAAUAUGUUUUUUAUGUAAUAUCUCAUUUGCAUUUUGGACUGCCUUAGAUUUUAUUUAAAGCCACUUAUGCUUGUAUGUUGAUAUAAUUCAACUUUAAGCCUGUAUUUAUAUUGUAUAAAUAAUGUAUAUGUAUUUAGCGUAUAGAACUGCUGGUUCAAAUACUGCCUGCUAUACUGUAUAGUUUAAAAUCAAUUGACAAGUAUCAACAGUGUUACAUAUAUAACCACAUAACAUUUAUGCUUUUUAACUUUUGUUUACUGAAUCUAUUGAUGGUGCAAGCUUUAAUAUGAGAUUUGUUUGAUGUGGGAAUAUUUUUUUAAAUUCAAAUUUAGUAAAUAAAAUAAGAAUUGGUUUAGUGCUACUAGACAUAUUUAAUGUUAUAAACAGGGCUUUAAAAAUGACUAUAGUUCACCUCUCACAGGAAAAAACUUACUAGUCCACUCAAUAUUAAAUGUAGGCAAAAUACCAAUUGCUUACUCAUCCCAUGCAUUUUUUUUUUUUUAUUCCUUCUUGACUAGUGGACAAGUGGAAAUUUCCAGCCCUGGUAUUGUAUAAGUAUAGAAAACAAUACUAAAAUCUGUUAAAGGGACACUGAUGUAUAUUUUGGAAAUCUAUAUAACUUUAUCCCUUGACUGCUAGAGAGAGUUUGCAAGCUGUCAGUCAUCUUUGACACCUAAUGUGUUGUGUUAAUAAAAGGAAAACAAAACCUUAGCUUUAGUUCCCAUUAAAUUUAGCUUUUACACUUUUAAAAUACUCACGCUGACCACUGCUUAUUUUCUAGCUUGAGAUCACAGCAAUUAAUUGGAUGGUUGCAUCCUAGUGAGAAUAAAGUCACAUAUGGAUUAGUGCCACAGUGUGGUAAUGCCUGUACUCACAGGGGGUCACAUAUAGUGUCAGGAGAUUGUCAGACCAUUUGGUUUAUGUAGCACUCAAACACAUUUCAGGGAAAUAUCAGCUACGUUUUCUUUGUUACCUGGCUUUAUUAUGUUAUCUGUCAUUGUCUCAAAAGGGCAACAAAAUGAAAAUUUGCAAAUGUAUCCAUAUGUUUUCUGACCUAAAAACAUUUCUUUUGACUAACAAAUGGAUUUUGACUUCGCAAGGGAACUACAGGGUCAAGUAACUACUGGACCUUGGCUAUAAAAUUUCGCUACAUGGAUCUUCCGUCCACUUUGAGAUACUUUUAGAAUGUUCCGGUUAAGCACAAUUUUAAAUGUACACAGAACAUGUAUGAGCAUGUACUGUAGAAAUCUCUUGUUAAACUAAAAUCUACCCCACAUCUCAUUAUUGGCCAACAGCUUAAGAGAACAUAUAGUUGUAUACAGUUCUAUAAGCGUAGCUCCAUCUAUACAUUUUGUUUCUUAACCUUUUUUGUUUUAAAGUUCAUUUAUGAAUUAAGAUCCACAAUACAUCUCAGUGACAAAUGGUGGUUUGUCGGCCUUUUGCUGGCUUCUCUGGAAGCAAUGCUGUUUAAACACAAGUAUGUAUUUAUGUAAAUAGGACAAAAGGUUACCAUUUUGAUCAUGAGUUGUACUUUUUUCAUUCAAACAUGCUUCCAGUGCUACCAGAAGUGUACUUUUAUCAAGGAACAUGUAAAUAAAAAAUAUUUUAAAAAGUG